CUUUGUAAUUUAGAUUGAUCAUUGAAGUCACAGGAUACAUUUUAAAAUACUUUUAGUUUUAUAGUAUUGAAGUAACAUAACCUUAGUUUCUAGAUAUGUCUACUUCUGUUGAUCUAGAGCUUAAAAAAGCUUUUGGGGAGCUACAUGUUAAAGUGUUAAAUACUAGUAAAAAGAUUCAAAUGAUCGAUACUCAACUAGAAGUGUUUGAACAAGUGAUGCGCCAUGUAGAAAUAACACAAGGAGAAAUUGGAGCAAUGCCACCUGAUACAAGAAUAUAUGAUUCUGUCGGCAGAAUGUUCCUAUUAACAGACAUGGAGGUCGUUAAAACAAACCUUGUUAAUAAACUUAACCAUUUCUCAUCCAGAAUCACAGAACUCGAGGAAAAUAAGAACUACUUAGAGAAAAACUUAAAAGAAAGCCAAGAUAAUAUUAGAGAAAUGGUGGAACAAUGGAAACAACAAACAAAAUAAAUCUAACUUAAUGUAUGAUAUUUAUAUGUAAUGUAAUAUAUUUAUAAAUCUUAAAAAUGAAGUUUUGAACAUAGAAAUGUCCCAAAUUGUACUGCAUAAAAAAGUAUGACGUAUAUGACGAUGUAAUAUUUCAUUAUUCUUUCUGAGAUAUUAUCUGAAAGUAUGAUUAAUUGAUUGAAUAAAAAUUAUGAACUGUU